AAUAUGAAUAUUUAUAUCGUAUCUAUUGAAAAUAAUUAAUAUUAUUGCUAUGUACGUUAUUCCUACUGAAGAAGAUACAGUACUUUCUCAACGGCUUUGGACAACUACUGCCAUCUAUGUAGUACAGGAAUUAAAAACUCCAUAUUAUAACAUUGGGGAAUCUGCAGCAAAUACCGUUUGAAAAUCUGAAAGUUCAACAUGAGUGACGAGGAGGAAUCUCUUCUUACAGAGGACAAAGAUCAGAAACAAAUACGAGAAGAAUUAAAACACAUGAGUUUCGAGAAUCUGCAGAAGUUAAAGGACAGACUGGGAACCAAAGUAUAUAAUGAAACGAUGUUUGGAAAAAAAGGCAAGCGAAAAGUCGAAUUUAAACGGGAAAAUAGGAAUAGGCCACGCGAAAUGUCCGCCAAGAGACCAGUACGUGUAUUGAAAGAAGUGGUUUCCGUGAAAAAAGUCGUAUCUCGAGAUCCCAGGUUUGAUAGUUUGUGCGGCACCUUCGAUAGCAAGGCCUUCAAACGUUCUUAUGCAUUCCUCAGUGAAUUAAAACAGAACGACUUGAAAGCUUUGCAAAAGGAACUGAAAGAAACUAAAGAUCCAAAAACCAUCAAAAAAAUUAAGUACCUUACUCAAAGACUUGAAAAUCAGUUGAGAGAGGGAAAGAGGCAGAAACAGAAGGAAGAAGACAGACAACAGGAGAAGAAAGAACUGCUAGACUCCAUUAAGCGAGGAGAAAAACCUACAUACAAGAAAAAAUCGGAGAAGAAAAUCUUGGAUCUGGUUUCGCAAUACGAGGAUUUAAAGAGCACGGGUAAAUUGAAGAAGCAUAUCCAGAGACUGCGGAAGAAGAACAAGCACAAGGACAGAAUAAAAUUGAGGAUGAACGAAACAGAAGUGGAAUAAUAACGAUAAUAAUAAAUUAGUUAAGUUAUAAUAAUGCAUUCUGGUUAUUUUACAAUUGAUAUAUUCUAUUUCUCACGUUUGUUAUUAGAUGUAUGCAACCAUUUUAGCCAUUUUUUGUAAGGUUUUGCUCCAAGUGUAUGAUAUAUGCAAUACAAUUCAAUCAAAAUAUAUCGUUUUUUUAUCGA